AAAGAAUAAAUUAUUAUUUAGAACAGUCAAAAGCAUGAGUAGCGGCAGAAGAAAGCAGAAGAAAGAGAACUAUGAGAGUAUACACGUCGUUUAACAUAUUUUAUAAAGUGUAUUUUACUCAUAUGUGAAAGUCCAUUCAUCUGAAAAUGUUGUGUCUUGAAUGUUUAUUCUUUUGUACUGUUAUAAUCGCAGUACUAUGUGCAAUUGCGUUUACAAUUAUUUUACACGUAAUAACACAACCGUACCCGAAAAUAUGGCGCGACGACAAAGAGAAGUAUUUCUUGAAUCCAAAAACAGGGAAGAUGGAAAAUUUUCCUUUCUUCAAUGACAAUUGGAGCGUACAGCUGAGUGUUAUAAUACCUGCAUACAAUGAAGAGCAGAGAUUGCCGCUGAUGUUGGACGAAUGUAUGGAAUAUUUGGAGAAUCAUACAAAACUACAAACGUACGAAGUAAUUAUAGUUAGUGACGGGAGCACUGACAAGACAGUGGAAAUAGCACACAAAUAUGCAUUAAAAUAUGAUAGCAUUAGAGUAUUGGAACUUAUUAAAAAUAGAGGCAAAGGUGGUGCAGUAAGAUUGGGUGUUCUGAGUGCAAGGGGCAGCGCAAUUUUGUUUGCCGAUGCAGAUGGUGCCACCAAAUUUAGCGAUCUAGUUAAGCUAGACAAUAGUCUAAGAACAGUAUUAGGAUAUGACUAUAUGGACAAGCCAGACGAUGUCAGUUCAUCCAAUGCUGUAAUAUGUGGUUCCAGGGCUCAUUUAGAAAAAGAAGAGACUGCCAAAAGAACGUUUUUCCGAUUAUUGUUAAUGAACGGCUUUCAUUUCCUAGUCUGGUUCUGGGGAGUGAGAGGUAUUAGGGAUACACAAUGUGGCUUUAAGCUUCUAACGCGAAAUUCUGCCGGACUUGUAUUCCAAGCCUUGCACGUCGAGCGUUGGGCAUUCGAUGUAGAAAUGUUGUAUAUUGCACAGUCCCUAAACAUUCCUAUUACCGAGAUUCCUGUAAACUGGACUGAAAUAGAAGGUUCCAAGAUCGUACCAUUUUGGAGUUGGUUACAGAUGGGCAGAGAUCUAUUUUUUAUUUGGUACAAGUACAAAAUCGGUGCUUGGAAAAUAAAGGGAUCUAAACAGACUUAACUGCACACAAGACUAUUAAAGAAUUUAUAAGAAACAAUUUUUCUUUUUUGUAAUAUUUUUAUUGUAUAAAAUGAAGAUCUUUCAAUUGUUUUUGUAA